CCGGGUGUGACCCCCAAAAAGUCGAACCUGAGUCGAAAAAUUCGACUUCGAGAUAAAUAUGCUAUAUUGUGCUCUGAUAGUCCAAAAAAUUUCGCGACAUUUGCGAACAUUGGCCAUAACUUUUUCAGACUCAAACGGACCCCCGACAUAUUAUACCUUUUUCGGACCGUCAGGGGACGCUCUAUAA